ACAGCAAGGCCAUCGUGGAUGGGAACCUGAAGCUGAUCCUGGGUCUGAUCUGGACGCUGAUCCUGCACUACUCCAUCUCCAUGCCCAUGUGGGACGAGGAGGACGACGAGGAGACCAAGAAGCAGACGCCGAAGCAGCGGCUGCUGGGCUGGAUCCAGAACAAGCUGCCCGAGCUGCCCAUCACCAACUUCAGCAAGGACUGGCAGAGCGGGCGGGCGCUGGGGGCCUUGGUGGACAGCUGUGCCCCGGGUCUCUGCCCCGACUGGGACUCCUGGGACGCCAGCAAACCUGUCAACAAUGCCCGCGAGGCCAUGCAACAGGCUGACGACUGGCUGGGCAUCCCCCAGGUCAUCACCCCGGAGGAGAUCGUGGACCCCAAUGUGGACGAGCACUCGGUCAUGACCUACCUGUCCCAGUUCCCCAAGGCCAAGCUCAAACCGGGUGCCCCCCUGCGCCCCAAGCUGAACCCCAAGAAGGCACGAGCCUACGGCCCUG